AAGUAAUUAUUAAUUAUUUAUUGUUCAAUAUAUUCCGACUAUAGAUUAAUUAUAUUCUAUUGUGGAUAUUAUCGUGAAAUAUGGAUAACGUGACAGGAAUAAUACGUGCCAUAUAUCGAGGAUUUGUAGAUAGCUUAAGGGGAGCUAUUGUUUUAUUUUAUAUGGACAAACGUAUUAAUGAAAAAUUACUUAAACAACCAUCUUCUAAAGAAAUUCAAAGAAAAGACAUAGUUGUUGCAACUCCUCCCCAAAAACAUUUCAAUCAGUUAAGAGAAUCAAAAGUGUUGAAACGAACAAUUCAGUGUUGUGCUUUAAAUGGUGGUGUAUUUUGGGCUAGUAUAUUAAUCUUUGAAUGUGGUUUACUCCCAUUUCUUAAGUACUUAUUGACCAUUAUAUUUGGUCAUUCACCGGGUAUGGGUAUGACUGUAUGGUCUUGGAUGAAACCAUUCCUGUCAUUAACUUUUGGCACUGUAUGGGUACUACCACUAUUUGUGCUCAGUAGGAUAGUCAACAGUUUAUGGUUUCAGGACAUAGCAGACAGCGCUUAUAGGUAUAGACAAGGGAGGCCAUUACUUUUAUCCAGUGUGAGCAAGCUUGUAGCAGACACGCUUUUCAGUAUAUUGGUUCAAGCAUUAUUUUUGGGUCAAGGAAUGUUAGUAUCUAGGAUUCCGUUACCUCCUAUAGGUGAUAUCCUUGCCCUUAUACACAUGUGCCUUUUAUAUGCUCUCUAUGCUUUUGAAUACAAAUGGUUUAAUAUGGGUUGGGAGUUACAUAGACGAUUGAGUUUUAUCGAGAGUAAUUGGCCAUAUUUCGUGGGUUUUGGUCUGCCAUUAGCAGUACUUACCCAACUGCCCAGUUCGUAUGUAAUAAGUGGCUGUGUAUUUUCUAUACUAUUCCCAUUAUUUAUUGUAAGUGGAAAUGAAGCAGUACCUGUGACUGGUGUCUGUGAUUGUCCAUUAAAACUAUUUUCGCCUGUAAUUGCUAUUGCAAAUACACUUUUCAAUAAAACGAUUGGAUCCACAAACAGGCGGUGACAGAAAAAGAUAUAACAAAUUUCUGUGGGAUAAUAAAUAUGUAGCAAUAAAUUGUAUCUUUUCAAGUUUUCAUAUAAGUUUUAUUAUUUUUUAUAAGGUAUAUGCUUAAUUAAUUUUUUUCUGUUAACUCCUAUGUUGUCUGUGGGAUUGUGAAUGAGGUUUACAUUUUCUUAAUUUUCUAUAACAAUGUAAAGAAAAUUAAGGAUAUGACCUAUGUACUAAUAGCGUUAUUUGUAAAUAGAAAUACAUUUAUAAACUAUGUAUGUAAAUAUGCAGGAACAAAUUGUAGUAAGGAGUCUUUGUAAAUGCAUUAUAUUGAGUAAAAUGUUCAAGACAUACGUUAAUAGUAAAGAAUUUAUAAACUUGGUAACAUUUAAAAA